UUUCCUUUUCCAUCAUCUGUAUCAUCACUCUCCUCUCAACUCCCUCAAGAAACUUCAGCUUUUGUUAACACCUGUGUGGACUGGAAGGAAACCCCAGAAGCUCACGAGUUCAAGGUUGAUCUUCCAGGGCUCAAGAAAGAGGAAGUGAAGGUGGAGAUUGAAGACGACAGGGUGCUUCAAAUAAGUGGAGAGAGGAACAUAGAGAAGGAAGACAAGAACGACACAUGGCACCGUGUGGAACGUAGCAGUGGCAAGUUCUCGAGGAGGUUCAGGUUGCCGAAGAAUGUGAAGAUGGAUCAAAUUAAGGCUUCCAUGGAGAAUGGAGUUCUCACUGUUACUGUUCCUAAACUUCCUUCCCUCAAACCCUCACACCUUACCCCUAUGGUGACCUCUCUCUCGCCCAGUCCACCAUUUACGCCUUCGAACCCUUGCUCCGAUCCUGUCUUUAAACUUUGUUUCGAAAAAGAGAGAAAAGAUAGAAGCAGAGACAGAUGUAACAUGUCAUCUAUCUACUACUAUGAACAUGAUAUAUAUCAAAAGGUUUUGGAUUAA